UCAAACACAAACAAUGAAUAAGUACAAUAAUCUUAAAACUACUUCACAGGAAGAUCACUUUGGUAUAAGAGUUGAUUCAUUUCAUUCAACAGAAAAUGACAUUUCUAAGAGUGAUUCUCAUGAAAACAAACUUUCAUGGCUACGUUCACAGAUUAUUGGUGAAAAUGUCGAUUUCGAAUCCCCUUUUGGGAAACGUAGGAUGACUUAUGCUGAUCAUACUGCCUCUGGAAGAUGUCUUCAUUAUAUCGAAAACUAUAUCAUUAAUAACGUCCUGCCUUUCUAUGGUAAUAGUCAUACUAGUGAUAGUCAUGUGGGAUAUCAAACGACGAAAAUAGUGCAUGAAGCAACAGCUUAUGUGAAGAGAUGCUUAGGUGGAGGAGAUGAAGAUGCUAUUAUAUUUUGUGGUUCUGGUUCUACUGCUGCUAUUAAAAGGCUACAAGAAGUUAUGGGGAUUUCAGUCCCUUCUAUACUAAGAGAAAAAGUACUCACAAAAUGCUUUCGUAACGAAAUGAAAGAGAGAUGGGUGGUGUUUGUUGGACCUUAUGAACAUCAUUCUAACAUUCUGUCAUGGAGACAGAGUUUAGCUGAGGUUGUAGAGAUUGGAUUGGACGAAAACGGGCUAGUAGAUAUGGAAGCAUUGAGGGAUCAGCUUGAGUUGUAUAAGUCUACGAAUAGACCAUUGUUGGGUUCGUUCUCAGCUUGUAGUAAUGUUACUGGGACUUAUUCUGAUACAAGAGCCAUCGCUCGUUUACUUCAUAAAAAUGGAGCUUUUGCUUGCUUUGAUUUCGCAGCAAGUGGUCCAUACGCGAAAAUAGAGAUGAGAUCAGGAGAGAUGGAUGGAUAUGAUGCUGUUUUUAUUAGUCCUCAUAAGUUUCUUGGAGGUCCAGGCACACCUGGAGUUCUUGUAAUGAACAAAGCACUCUAUAGAUUGAGGACUUCGCCUCCAUCUACUUGUGGAGGUGGUACUGUUGAUUUUGUUAACCCCUACAAUGAAAAGGACACACUUUAUGUGGAGAAUAUUGAAGAAAGGGAAGACGCUGGUACACCGCCAAUCAUUCAGAAAGUGAGAACAGCACUUGCAUUUUGGGUGAAAGAGUUCAUAAGUCAUAAAGUAAUUGAAAGAAUGGAACACACUUACAUUGAACUUGCAUUACAAAGGCUUCUCCCAAAUCCUAACAUAUGGAUUUUGGGAAAUGUAACAGCAAAGAGACAAGCUGUGCUUUCUUUUCUCAUUUAUACUACAACUCACUCUUCGUCAAGUGAUGGAAAUGGCGGAGACAAUGAACUUUACUUGUGGAGAGAGACAGGGAACAAGAAAGAUAAACCUCUUCAUGGCCCUUUUGUCGCUAAGCUGCUUAAUGACCUAUUUGGUAUUCAAGCUAGAGGAGGAUGUGCUUGUGCUGGACCUUAUGGACAUAAGUUGCUUCAGGUUGAUGAACCUCAUUCUCUUGCUUUCAGAGAUGCAAUUGAAAUGGGCUAUAGUGGAGUUAAGCCGGGAUGGACAAGGGUCAGCUUCCCCUAUUACAUGUCCAAGGAAGAAUUUGUGUUCAUUCUAGAAGCAAUAGAAUUCAUAUCCAUUUAUGGACAAAGGUUCCUCCCUUUGUAUCAUUUCAAUUGGAGGAGUGGCGCGUGGACUUUCAAGAAAAAAGCUUUCAAUUGCAAGUUUUGCUGUUCACAGAUGACGAACGUAUUGAAUAUAAAUUGCCAUAACACUAAGGAAAACAACCAUGGUAGAGGUCUUGUUCACAAGUAUGUAAAGUACAUUGAGACAGCCAAACGCAUCGCUAGUCUCCUUCCCAAGUUCCCACCUCAACGAUCGAUACCUGAAGAAAUAGACCCAACUUUUGUACCCUUUAGAGUCUGAAGAGCAUUAGCUUGCUCUGAUACUUACCAAUAUGAUCAUACACUUAGCCAAUUCUUUAAACUGCAGUAACAAAACAAUUGAAUUGUCAAGUUUCUGUUAGCCAAACAGUCUGUUAGACUGUUACUUAAUACAUAAUAUCCUUUUUGAU